AUGGAUUCUAUUGAGGCGUUACCACCUCCUCCGCCUGUUAUCCCUCCAAGUGUGGUUCCUGAAAUGGAGCCAGUGAAGAAGAAGACCAUUCUCCCAAUGGCUCGCCGUAGCUGCGGGACUAAAGGCCAGAAGAUUCCUCUUCUUACUAACCAUUUCAGUGUUGGCUUCAACAAAGCAAGCGGUCACUUCUUCCAUUACAGUGUUGCUAUCACAUACGAAGAUGGCCGUCCAGUGGAGGCAAAAGGCAUUGGCAGAAAGAUUCUUGACAGAGUCCAGGAGACGUACAAGAGUGAACUGGGUUCCAAAUACUUUGCUUAUGAUGGUGAGAAGACUCUGUUCACUGUUGGUGCUCUUCCCAGCAACAAGCUUGACUUUUCUGUUGUUCUUGAAGAAGCGGUUUCUAGCAGAAACAACACUGGAAAUGCUAGCCCGGAAGAAACCAAUGACGGAGACAAGAAAAGAUCAAGGCGUCCCAACCAGUCCAAGAAAUUCUUGGUUGAGAUAAGCUAUGCUGCGAAGAUCCCAAUGCAGGCUAUUCCAAGCGCUAUUCAAGGAAAGGAAACAGAGAAUCUCCAAGAUGCUAUCAGAGUUCUGGAUAUUAUUUUGCGCCAGAGUGCAGCUAGGCAAGGUUGCCUCCUUGUCCGCCAGUCCUUUUUUCACAAUGACGCAGCUAACUUUGUAGCCAUCGGUGGAGGUGUUAUUGGUUGCAGAGGGUACCAUUCAAGCUUUAGAACUACUCAGGGCGGCUUAUCCUUGAACAUUGACACUUCAACUACGAUGAUUGUACAACCUGGUGAUGUUCUUGAGUUCUUACUUGCGAAUCAGAAUCAGAAAAAUCCAGCCUCUCUGGACUGGAACAAGGCUAAACGUACACUCAAGAGUCUGAGGGUUUCGGUUGCCCCUUCAAACAGAGAAUACAAGAUAACCGGACUCAGCGAACAACUCUGCAAACAUCAAUUGUUUACUCGGAAUCUGAAAAAAGAUAACGGGGAAGUUGAGGAGAUUGAGACAACAGUGUUACAAUACUUCCAUGACCGUAGAAUUGACCUGCGAUACUCAGGUGACAUGCCUUGCAUCAAUGUUGGCAAGCCGAAGCGUCCAACUUACAUCCCCAUUGAGCUUUGUAAACUUGUGCCUCUACAGCGUUACACAAGAUCGCUUACCAAUCUUCAGAGGGCUUCCCUAGUAGAAAAGUCUAGGCAAAAGCCACCUGAGAGGAUGACUUCGCUAACCACAGGUCUUAAGAACAGCAAUUACGGAGCUGACCCUGUGUUGCAAGAAAGUGGUGUCACCAUUGGCUCUGACUUUACGCAAGUGGAGGGUCGCAUUUUACCUGCACCAAAGCUGAAAGUGGGUAACGGAGAGGACUUUUUCCCUCGCAAUGGGCGCUGGAACUUCAAUAAUAAGAAACUUGUUGAGCCAACCACGGUUACUAAAUGGGCUGUUGUCAACUUCUCUGCUCGAUGUGAUACACGUGGGCUUAUUCGUGAUUUGAUGAGAUGUGGACAGAUGAAAGGAAUUAACGUAGAGCCUCCAUUCAAAGACGUCUUUGACGAAAACCCAGAGUUUAGGCGUGCACCUGCUACUAUCAGAGUAGAAAAGAUGUUCGAGCUCAUACAAUCCAAACUCCCCGGGAAGCCUCUAUUCCUUCUUUGCAUACUCGCUGAGAGGAAAAACUCGGACGUUUAUGGCCCAUGGAAAAAGAAGAAUCUUUCUGAUCUAGGAAUUGUGACUCAAUGUAUUGCUCCCACAAGAGUAAACGAUCAGUAUCUUACCAAUGUUCUCCUCAAGAUAAAUGCUAAGCUUGGUGGAUUGAACUCUAUGUUGGCUAUGGAGCGCUCCCCAGCAAUGCCUAAAGUUACUCAAGUUCCAACUAUCAUAGUCGGAAUGGACGUUUCACAUGGUUCUCCAGGACAGUCUGAUGUUCCAUCUAUUGCUGCGGUUGUGAGCUCCAGAGCAUGGCCAUUGAUCUCAAGAUACAGGGCUUGUGUGCGUACACAGUCACGCAAAGUGGAAAUGAUUGAUAACCUCUUCAAGCUCGUCGAUGGCAAAGAUGAAGGAAUUUUCAAGGAGCUCUUGGUCGACUUCUACGCAAGUUCAGGGCAGAGGAAACCCGAGCACAUUAUCAUUUUCAGGGAUGGUGUGAGCGAAUCUCAGUUUAACCAAGUUCUUAACAUUGAGCUGGAUCAGAUGAUGCAGGCGUGCAAGUUCCUUGACGAUAAGUGGGAUCCCAAGUUUACAGUGGUGAUUGCUCAGAAAAACCACCACACCAAGUUCUUCCAGACCAGAGGACCUGACAAUGUUUCUCCAGGAACAAUAAUUGACAGCAAGAUCUGCCACCCACACAACAACGACUUCUAUCUUUGUGCUCAUGCUGGAAUGAUUGGAACAACAAGGCCAACGCAUUACCAUGUGCUCUACGAUGAGAUUGGGUUCUCAACAGAUGAUCUCCAGGAGCUUGUGCACUCAUUGUCCUAUGUCUACCAGAGGAGCACCACUGCCAUCUCAGUUGUUGCACCGAUAUGCUAUGCGCAUCUCGCAGCUGCACAGAUGGGAACCGUGAUGAAGUUUGAGGAAAUGUCGGAGGUGUCAUCGAGCCAUGGUGGGAUCACUACACCUGGAGCAGUCCCAGUGCCUCCAAUGCCGAAGCUGAACGAUACGGUUGCAAGCUCCAUGUUCUUCUGUUGA